UCGUAGUUGGUAGAUACUUUCUUGAACGUCAGUCUCAUAAAGUCCGCGAACAAUGGAUAUUUUCGAAGAACCCUUCUACAAAAUGAUUAAGAACUCUUCCCAUGUAAUAGGCCAAUGGCCGUAUCAGUCAUCACGGCAAAAGUUUACUAUAGUGACUCUUAUAUGGAUUGCAUUUUUCAUGCAAUUCAUUCCACAAAUUAUAGCUAUUGUGAUACAUUUAGAUGAUCGAAAUGUUCUAUUUGAAGCAUUUUCGUCAAUGGUGAUAGAUAUCGCAUUUAUUGUCAAAUAUUUCAAUGCAAUUUAUAGAGCAGGCCUGAUGAAAGAAUUAUGGGACUCUAUUAGAUGUGAUUGGACAUUACUAUUAAACGAUGUGGAAAAACGUACACUACAACAUCAUGUGAACCUCGGCAAUUUUUUUUCAAUUGGAUAUGCAGGACUUGCAUACAUGUCAACAACAAUUUUUGUGAUAGAACCGAUUUUUCCGAGAAUUGUAAAUAUAUUCGUGGAAACAAAUGAAACUGUUCCACUUAAAUUGGCUCUACCGUUGGAGUACAUAAUAAUUAACAUAAAUAAGCAUUACUGGACAAUGUUAACUAUUACAAAUAUUUUUGUUUUCAAUAUUAUAGUUGUUAUUAUUUCGUGCGACAUUGUGUUAAUCACCUUCGUGCAACACGUUUGUGGAUUAUUCGCAGUUGUGGGAUGUCGACUAGAAAGUACACCAUUCGAUGAAAAUUAUUCGAAAGGGCGUAAAGGAGAAGAUUAUUUGUCAAACUCGAACGAUAUUGCUUACGAACAUUUAGAGUCUUGCAUAAAGGGCCACAAGCGAGCUUUAGAAUAUGCGGAGCGUCUCGAAAGUGCUUAUACUUUAAGUAAUGGAAUAUUGUCUGGAAUGAAUGCGCCAGUUAUGAGUAUUACCGGAUAUCUGAUGAUAACAGAACUCAGUACAAUUGAGCAGUUACUGAAAUACGCAACAUUUGCCAUUUCUCAGAUGUCACAUCUCUUUUUUCUAUGUUUUAUGUCCCAACAGUUAGCAGACAUGAGUUUACGAAUCCAAGAAAAUAUAGGUAAUGCGACAUGGUACAAUAACUCAAUCAAGUCACAAAAAUUGCUAAUUUUGAUGCUGAGGAGAAGUCAAGUCCCCUGCAAGUUGACCGCUGCUAAACUAAUGGAUUUAUCUAUUGAAAAUUUCGCACUCGUAGUAAAAACAUCUGCAUCAUACAUCACGAUGCUUUUGUCGAUGUAAAAACUAUGCCGAAUAAAUUUGCUAAAAUAAUCGGACCUGUUUGAGAGAGAAACUAAUAAUCUUAUAACGAGGUCCUACUGUAUUUUUUUAACAUGAAGUUGUUAAAAACUUGUUGUUAUAGUGAAAAUAAAUAAAUAAAAAAAUAUUCUU